AGAAACUAUAAGAAUACAAACAUGACCAGACUACAUGUGAUAAUUUUGAUUGGAGCUAUAGCAUUCUCUUCAGGGUCUUACACGGAGAGAAGAGACCCAAAAUGUGGUAGCGAAUGUAUAAGGAAUGAACAUUGCGACCUGGGUUUCGUGUGUCAACGAACAACUGAUAGAUGCAGAAGGCAUAUAUGCGUAAAAAAGAUUCUAGAAGUACCACAAGUUAUUGUAGACACACAACCUAUUCGAGGAGAUGUAUAUGAAGAACAUGGCCAAAAACAAGCAGUAUCUCCUUUAGACUUGCCUAUUCCAAUGUCACCUCUAGGCCGUUCGGAUAUUGGUAAGAAUGGUAAAAAGCCUUGGUUAAUUGAUCCAAACUUUAGCACAUUAACCAAAACCGUAAAUCCUCAAAUAGGAUCUGAGAAUACGCUGACAGGUUCAAUGAAUGCUGAUUUACUUCAAAUCUGUAUAAACAAUUGUUUGGUGCGAUCUACCUGUCUACAAGGAACGGACUGUAGAUUUCGUUGUGAGACAUCAUGCCUUAACGAACUGUCAAAUGUAAACUUAACUCCUUCAUUAUCAAAAAGUUCAAUUGUUCCACUUGAACUGGGACCAAACGGCCAAAUCCUCCAAGCAAGUACAAAAACUAAGAUUCUUGGUAAUCUUGAUACAAAAUUUUUAUCGGUUAAUCAACAAGAUGAGAUAAACCACAUGGGACAAAACGAAAUGGUAUCUUCAAUCAAACCAAUAGGUUCAUACAUUUCGAGCGAUUCACUUGGGUCUCAAAAAGAAAUCAACGAUUAUGCAUUAACAGAUUCACCAGGAAACAAAAACGUAGUAGCCCCUGUUCAAUCCAUUGAUAAAAAUGUUCCAAAUGAUUCAACAGGACAAAAAGAAGGAGUCCCUUUCGUCCAGACCAUUGACAAUUAUGUUUCGAAUGAUUUACAAGAUCACAAAGUAGUAAUGAACAGAUUUACAAACGUAAUAACAUCGGAUGGACUUGGCGGAGGCUUUGUAGACGGAAAUGGCAAUGUGCAACAAAUUGAUCCAAUAUCUUUAGGAAAACAAACAAAUACCUACGGUCCAAAAGAUUCUACUGGUAAGAAGGAAAUCCUACAAUCCAAUCCUAUAAUAAAAAGUGACCACAGUAUACUUAUUGAUCCAAACUUUGGUACAAUUACAAAAUUCGAAACCUCUAACGGAGGGUUUGUAAAUGAAAUGGAUAAACACCACUCAGGUUCAAAUAAUGCCGAUCUACUUUACAUCUGUAUUGACAAUUGUGUGGUAACUUCUCGAUGCGUAGAAAAUGAUUGUCGUCCAGGUUGUAAGAAAUUAUGCCUUAAAGAAUUACCACUCAUCAAUAUUAGACCUUCCCUUCCUGAAGUUCAAGAGGUUUUUCGUCAACAUGAUCAAAUGAAUCAAAAUAUGCAAGUUGGAACAGGAAGGGAAGUUGUUGGUGAAUUUACAACAGAUAUGGUAUCCAUAAAUAAAGACACGGAUAGAGAAAUUGUACACCAAGGGAACCCAGUCGAUACAUACGUUCAACAAAAUUUACCGGUACACAAAUUAGUAGGUGGUGGACGUGGUGGAGAUCUUGUACACAAAAGCCAAUUACAACAAGUUGAAAAAAUUUCACCGGGACAGCUAAUGGACGACUACAUUCCAAAAGAUGUAAAUGCUGAUGUUAUGUUUGAUACGUUGGCAACCUCUAAGAAUGUUGGUUUACUUCAAAUUUGUAUUGACAAUUGUUUAGCGCGGAUAUUAUGUUUACAGGGAACUGACUGUAUUCUUCGUUGUAAGAACAUAUGUCUUAACGAGCUCCCAAAUACUGAAUUUAAUCCAUCGCUACCAAAAGGCUCCGUAGUUCCAUUUGUAGAUGGACAAAACGCCGAAAUCAUUCAUGCAGAAGGAAAGAAAGUCUUAACAUCCAAUUCUGGAAUACACGGAGGCCAAGCUAUACAUAUCGAUCCCAAUUCUGGUACUCUUACAAGCAUGUUUAAAUCAUCAGUUGACCAAUCAUCUCCAGUGAAUUUUGUCGAUGCAUACGUUCCAAACAAUUUACAGGGACACAAAGAAGUAGUUGCACCUGUUAAAACGACCGAUACAUAUGUUCAAGAAAAUUUGAAAGAGAAAAAUGGGGUAAAGCCUAUUCUUGAACCAUUCGAAUCAAUAAAUCAACACGAAUUACCAGAACAUACAGAAAUAGUGAACAGACUUACACAAGUUAUAACAUCUAACGGACAACGUGUAGGUCUUGUUCACAACCGACACUUACAACAACACGACAAUUUUUCACCGGUAGAAAAAAUUGACAAUUACGUUCCGACUGAUGUAUCUGGACAAGAAAUCUUAACAUCUAAUCCUGUUCUACACAACCAACAAAAAAUAAUAAUCGAUCCAAAUUCUGGUGCAAUUGCAACAACCAUGCUUAAAUCCGUUGGAAAAUCUUAUGGAAACCAACAAGUACAACAACAUAUUGUUACUAAUGAUCAAAUCGUGCUCGAUCAAAAUACCGGUACAGUUAAUCAAUUAGUGGAAGGAGAUCGCCUCGUUACAAAUCAGCAGGUGAAUCAAUUUGACCAAAAAUCACCGGUAGAACCAAUUGACAUGUAUAUACCAAACAAUGCACAAAAGAUUCCAUCUGUUGGCAAAUUGCAGAAGCCAAUUCUCCCAUUGAAUUCUAAUGGACCUUUUGGUAAUAAUCGAAAUGGACAUAAGAUUCCAAAUAUUGGAAAAAAGUUGCAGAAACCCAUUCUUCCACUGUUCUCUACAGGCAAUAAUAAAAGCCAAUGUAAUCGUGAUUGUCCCAGAGGACGAGUUUGUGCAACACGCCGUGGUAGAAGUGUUUGUAUAAGAAAGAAACUCGGAAAUAAUUAUAGAAAGAUGUAAAGUUUUAGUUACAUUCCUUGAAAUCCUUUAUUUAUUAGCGUGCAAUUUUUUUUCUUCAAACUACUGUGAUAGUUUAUUAUUCUGAUAUUUUUUUUAAAUUUUGUAAUAAAAUGAAUAACAAUU